CUAAUAGCUAUGUCUGUUUGUUGCUAGGCAACCAGCUAUGCCAAACAAUUAUCUAGCAAUUUUUUGCAUCACCAGAGGGGUUAAUGGCAGAGUGGAGCUGGAUCAGGCUAACGUGCCCAUAUAGCUAGUCUCACCAGAGGGGCGAGCAUAUUACCCACAAUGCCCUGUGAGCAGAAGGUGGAGGCUUGUUUGAAGAUAAGUGGAGGAUGAAGCGCAGUGCAACGACUGACAGGGAGAAGGAAGACAAGAAACGAAAACUUCUUCAGCAACUUGAUGAUGUACAGCUUCAAUAUCUUACACCAAAAGACGAUGGCUUCCAACAAUUGUGGAGCACAAAAUAUUUCAAGCUGGUUCUCCAGGAAGCGGAUCAAGCUCCUGCAGAAUUGCAUCACCUUGUCCAAAAGGCAUUUCUAACAUUGCUUCAUCAUGGUUGCUUGUUUCAAGACCUUGUGCAGUUGAAAGGUAAAGAUCUACUAACUCCAGUAUCACGCAUUCUGAUUGGCCAGCCAGGAGUCACCUACAAGUAUUUGAAUACAAGGCUGUUUGCUGUGCCAUGGCCAGAAGAUGAACAAAAUUUGAGUUACAGUUCAGAAGACAUUUCCAAUGCCUGCAAAGCCUUUUAUGAGUUAAAUAAAUUUCUACAUCUUCAGACAAAAAGUGAAUUAAACAAACUAGCAAAAAGCAAGCACUGGACAGAGCACUCCAGUGACUCACAUGAGCCGCUAUCCUUAAGAGAUAGUCAAGAAUUUGGGCAAGAGGAAGUGAAAUGUUUUAAUGUGACUCUGAUAAAUUACAUGAACCCGCAAACCAUGUCCUACCUUAGAGAGGAACCAUAUUUUGGCAUGGGGAAAAUGGCAGUGAGCUGGCACCACGAUGAGAACCUUGUGGAAGGAUCUACAGUUGCUGUUUACAACUACAAUUACCAAGAUGCAGUGGACACAUGUGAAGAAGAAGCUAAGGCUUUAUCAAAGUGGCAUGUGGCUCUUAAGAUAGCUUGGGACAUAGAGACUCCAGGCCUUGCUGUACCUUUAAAUCCUGGAGAUUCAUAUUUUAUGCUUGAUAACCUCAACACAACGCAUCAACACUGUGUGCUUGCAGGCUUUCAGCCUCGGUUCAGCUCCACACACAGAGUAGCUGAGUGUGCCACUGGUACUUUCAGUUAUAUACAGACCCGAUGUAAAAAGGCUCUGGAGAACCUGUGCAUUAUGCCCAAUUCUGGAGAGAUGAAGUUACAGUCUUUAGAGUUAGAAAUUUUAAAAGAAGCAGAAGAGAUCCAUAAUGAGGUAGAAUUUGACUGGCUCCGUCAAUUCUGGUUUCAAGGAAAACGUUACAGUAAAUGCAGCGACUAUUGGUUGUUAGCGAUGGCCAAGCUGGAAGAACAGUGGAGGCAAAUGGAAACUAUGACCAGCCUACUGCUUGAAGAGCUUGAAAAAGAUUCCUGGAACGGGGAAGACAAGUACAAAAUACUGGGAUGUAUCGUGCCAUUACUAGUAGAGCGCCAAGACCUGCGGCUUGAAUGGAGAAAAAGUGACAACAAUUGACCAUUUAAUGGAUAAUCUGGAACAUUGAUAUUGAUUAGUUGAUUGAAGCCGCUGCUGGUUUCCCCUUCGUUGUUUAGCAGUCAAAGCUCGGUAUACACUGCCCCUCUCUACAACUAACCCAACUGGGCAGAGUCUGUGUGAGUCAGUGUAAAGUCGUGUUCACACUAUGGGGAUUCCACUUGGGAUUUCCACAAGAACAUUUCCAAGCAGUUUCCAUUUGCAUCAGCCAACCUGACAGAACCUGCGGAGAAGAAUGACACAAAAUCCCCAAAUCUAGGGGUACAAACCUUGUGGCCUCAUACCCAAGAAGAUUAGAGACUGCAUUCACUGCCACAGGUGCUUCUACCAGUAAAGGGUCUGAAUACUUAUGUUACUACAAUCUUUGAGUUUUUCCUUUUCAAUAAAUUAGUUAAGAUUUCUAAUAUUUUGUUUUUACUUCAGAAUGAUGGGGAGGGAGCGUGAUUUUUUUCCCCUUUAGAUCAAAAUGAAAGGGUCUGAACACUUUCCGAAUACAUUGUGCUUUCUGAUUUGAAGCUGUACCUCCUAUAGUUAUUACCCCUGUACCAUUCUUUAUGUUGAACAUCAGUUUUCUUGGAAUAAGGUCAAGGUCUGCUUAAUCUCUGUCCUUAGGUGUUCACUCAAAGAGAUUGCACCUUCAAUAAUCGUGUGUAUAGUCUCUUGUGGCAUAUUUCUCCAUUCUCAGUCCUUUUAGCUGUAAUUCCCUGGUGAAUGGAUUUAAUACAUAUGUAUAAUUACAUUGAUGCCUUAGUCUCUGGAUUCUCUACGGGCAUUCUUGUUAAUUUAGUGACACUAAGCUUCAUCUGAAGGAGCAAUAUUCACAGGAGGGGGGCUGUAGUUUAUGAAGGUAAUCUUGGCUGAAGCUUUAUGCUGCAUAUUUGUUUAUUUAUUUAUUUUUUUAAUAUAAAAUAGGAACUAUUAGGCCUAAGGUGCCCAAUAAAUACUUUUAGCAAAAUAGUUACACUACUAUAGUCAUUUAUUUGGGCUUAAUUGUGAAAGCACAGUGUCCGGUGUCUCUCUCUCUCUCUCUCGCUCUCUCUCAAUGGCCAGGGUGCAUACCCCUAACACUUCCUCCACCUACCCUGGUUCAUCAGUACCUAUUUAAGUGUGUCCUGCCCAUCUUUUCCCUGAACAAUGUUAAUUGCUUGUGUUCAUAAGCAAAGGCGUGUCUAACAUCCUGUGUGUUGUAACCUAUUUUCUGGUUUACAAUUCUGUCUUACCCCUCCUGUACCAUUCUAACUAUCCUGUUGCAGACCUGGAAUUGCUGAUAUAAACUUGUUCCACCUGCCACUGCCACUCACCUUUAUUUAAUUACAUCUCUGUCUCAUCCAUGGAUACUGUUCUGACUCUCCUGUGUUUGACCCAAACUACUGACUAUGCUUACCUGCGUGACUCACUAAUGUCUCACACUGAUACUAUCUGGUCUAUUGUGCCAGCUUCUACCCAUACAGGGACCAUGACUGUGGUACAGCCUUGUACCCUCUAGCAGCAGAAGUCCAUCUUCUAUAUUCUGGGGCAGACUAUCCGGUGUGGCCCUAAGCCAAACCAAUUUGGUAGCACAGUGGGCCCACACCUAUUGCCUGUUACUUCUGCACAGAGAUCCAGCAAUCAGUCAGUACCCAGCAAGCAUUCUUUAUUACAAUAUCCCCAGGUGCAGCAUGUAGUCAGCCAGAUGGUGAGAAAGACAGCAUAUACAUUGCUGUGCUGGAUUUCUGUA